UUGCAAAGCUGGCGCCGGCGGAGCAAUGGAAGCGAAGGCGUUUCUGCGGGCAUCGUGCCUUUGCCGUCUGCGGACAGCGACGGCGAGAGGCACACCCGGCGGGCUCUGGUUCCGCCGCCGCUUCAGCCCUUCGGCGCCCGGGACUGUGGGGUCUCGUCCCGCCACGGGUCCCGGAGCCCUCAGCCCUUUCGACCGGCAGAUGAAGAGGAAGCAAAAGAAUUGGGCAGCCGGGCAGCCUCACGCGGAGCGCUGCGAGUACCUGCGGGAAGAGGACAUUUCCCCUUGCUUUGGACCUUGGGUGUGGGCGAAGCUACAUUGCUCAGCAUUUAAACAAGGAUGUUGUUGAAAGGCUUUUUCAAUCGGAUGUCGCUGAAAACGCUCUGAAGAACACAAUAGAUUCAGAAAUACCAAGAGUCAAUAUCAUAGCGGAUGAAGAAUUUCUUCCUUUCAAAGAAAACACAUUUAAUCUUGUUGUCAGCAGUCUGAGUUUGCAUUGGGUCAAUGAUCUUCCCAAAGCCUUGCAUGAAGUACACCGAGUCCUUAAACCUGAUGGAGUAUUUAUUGGUUCUAUGUUUGGGGGAGACACACUCUUUGAGCUUCGCUGCUCUUUGCAACUAGCAGAACUAGAAAGAGAAGGUGGAUUUUCCCCACAUGUAUCCCCUUUUACAGCUGUGAAUGAUCUAGGACAUCUACUGGGAAGAGCUGGCUUCAACACACUGACAGUGGAUUCAGAUGAAAUCCAAGUUAACUAUCCAGGAAUGUUUGAAGUUAUGGCUGAUCUACAAGGUAUGGGAGAAAGUAAUUGCUGUUGGAACAGGAAAACUAUGAUACAUAGAGCGACUAUGUUGGCAGCUGCAACAAUAUAUAAAG